CCGCCGCCAAAUCUCCGCUCGCUCACUCGCUCUCCAGCUCUCUGCCCACCCCGACUCCCCCCCCAGGCUCAUGGGCGGCCCCAGUCAGUGAGCCAGGGGACCCAGGCGUCCGGCGAGAGGGUCCCCCGCACGCGCGCCCACGGGGUGCCAUGGGGUCCCGCCAGGGGUACCAGGCGUCGUGGUGGGUUUACCUGCUCCACCAGGUGCCCCGCACCAAUUUCCAGUUCGAGGCGGUGGAGAGCAGCUUCGCCCCCCUGGACAGGGAGUACCAGCAGGCCUUGCUGCUCCUGACCAGCGUGGCCGGGCUCUGCCUGGCGAUCAGCCUGGGGCUGAUCUGCGUCUACCUGAUCCGGUUCUGCUGCUGCGACCCGGAGGACGAGGACGAGCCCAAGCCGCAGAGGGUUUGCUGCGUCACCUGGAGCUGCGUGGCCGCCAUUGUCAUCUGCUGUGCAGGGAUCGGCCUGGGCUUCUACGGGAACAGCGAGACCAACGACGGGGUCGGGCAGGUCACGGCCGCGCUGCAGGACGCCAACCUCACGCUGCAGAGCGCCGACGCGCUGGUGCGGCAGACACUGGGGCUACUGUCAGGGGCCGUGGGGGGGGACCUGACGCGGCUGGAGGAGGCGCUGGCCCCCCGCACCGAGUUCGUGGCCGUCGUGCGCAACACACGGCGCCAGGCCGAGGCCGUGGCCCAGAUCCUGGCGGGUCUCCCCUUCUGGGGAGCCCUGGGGGGCAGCCCCAGCCAGCUGGCCCACGGCCUGGCCUACCUGGAGGACUACAGGUGGCUGGCCUAUAUCCUGGUGCUGCUGCUGGACCUGGUUAUUUGCCUCUUCACCCUGCUGGGGCUGGCGAAGCAGAUCAAGUGGCUGGUGGUCGUAAUGACUGUGAUGAGUUUCUUCGUUCUCAUCCUGAGCUGGGGCUCCCUGGGGCUGGAGAUGGCAGCAGCUGUGGGACUCAGCGAUUUCUGCUCUGACCCAGACGGCUUCGUCCUGAACCUGACCCAGGCCAAGACAGACCUUAACCCAGAAAUCCUCCAGUACUAUCUCGCCUGCAGCCUGGAUGUCCCAAACCCCUUCCAACAGAGGCUGACCAUGUCGCAGCGGGCGCUGUCCAGCAUCCACUCCCAGCUGCACGGCCUGGAGAGAGAAGCUAUCCCACAGUUCCCCGCGGCAGAGAGGAACCUGGUGUCUGUGCAGGUCACCCUGAACACCACGGAGAGCAAUUUCCACCAGCUGGUCGCGCUGCUCAACUGCCGGGGACUUCACAAGGACUAUGUGGACGCGCUCAAGGGGCUCUGUUAUGACGGCAUGGAGGGGCUGCUCUUCCUGCUGCUCUUCUCCCUCCUCUCGGCCCUCGCCUUCACCACAGCCAUCUGCAGCCUGCCCCGUGCCUGGGAGAGGUUCCAGAGCAGGGACGCGGCAUACGAGGACACAGAGGACGACGACCCCUUCACCCCUCAGGCACGUAGCCCCCCGCCCCGCUCCAGCCUGCACCUCUCGGCCCCACCCAUUUCCAACGCCCCCGUCUCACAGUACAUGAAUCAAAGCGGUUUGUUCAGUGGCAGUCCUCGAUAUGAUAGCAUGCCCCUCCUGGACCGGCACUCCCCGCCCCCUUCGUACUCACCCAGCAUGCAGGCAUCUUACGUCGGCGCCAGCCAAGAGGAACCAGGCCCCCGAUACCGAAUGGACUUCCUGACCUAGAAUCCAACCCACGGCCCCCACCCCUGACUAACACAUGGACCGGCUGCCCCCUCCCCUCCCCCCAGGCGCUGCUGGGCCCGACAGAACCAAACGGGGGAAGGAGAGAGAUCGGGGCUGCGCCCCCACCCCCCCACCAUGGCCGCCUCUGCUGACCCAUUCCUCCGUCUAUCUUGGUUUGAUGCCAGGGGUCUGUGCCCCUGAGAAGGAAGAGGGUUCCCCCAUAAGAAUCCCAGGGGGGGAGAAAACAGGGGGAAAGUGAAAGAAUGGAGGAGUGAAAGAAUGAACGUGAGAGGGCAGAACAGAUGAAUGGAGGAAGAAGAGAGUGUGAGAGUGAAAGGGAAGGAAAGAAGAAGUGAAAGAGUAGACUGAAUGGAUGGGGGUGAAGAAUGAAGUGAAAGGGGAAAGAAUAGAGAAAUUAAAGAGAAUGAAUGAAUGAAUGAAUGAAUGAGCAAAAAGAGUUGAAAGAAUAAAUUAAGGAGAAGGAAUGCGUGGAGAAAAGAAGGAAGAGAGAAAGAAGGAAGGAAAAAAGUGUGAAAAAAAGUAAAAAAAAUGUGAAGGAAGGAGGGGGAAAAAUGAAAGGCCAGAAAGAAGGAGCAAAAGGAGGAACGAGAGAAUGAACGGAUGAAUGAGUGGGAGAAGAACAAAUGAGAGAAAACGAAAAGAACUCAAAGCUUGCCUGAACUGCAAGGGAGCAUGAAAGAGACAGAGGGAAGGAAUGAAGUGUGAAAAAAUAGAGAGAAAGAAAGAACGGGGGAAAGACAGAUGAAAGAUGGGGUGGGGAAAGAAAGAGUAAAGGAAUUAAGGAGUGAAAAAGAACCAAUGAAAAGGAGCCCAUCAAAAAAAGAGGGAACGAGAGAGCAAGGGGGCAAGACAGAGCGAGCAGUGGCCAGACAGACAGACAAGUGAGCCCGGCCAGCCCCGGGGCCCGGCCAGCCCCAAUUAACGUCUAACCCCCCCGCUGUAGGGGGCCAGCCCCCGGCCCCCAGGUUGUAGAACAAAGACCUGUAGGCAGAGGAGAGGUGACUGGUGUGAGCUGGUGGGGACCCCGCCUGCUGUCCCAAUUAGAGCCUCGGCCACUAACAAGCCUUCGAUCCAGAGGAACGAGAAAUAAAAGGGAAAUUUUAUUUUAAA